GUCAGUCGAGGCUGGGCCCGCGUGCAGUGCAGAUCCAAACGAGGCGCCCGCUCCGAGCCGCGACAGCAUGGCCACUUCGCUCACGGCUCUCGGCAUCCUGUGGGCCUUCCUCUCGCUCGUCUCGGCGCUCGCCUGCUCCACCGGCUUCUACCUUCCAUACUGGAUCAAGGGCGAGCUGACCAAAGGGUUCGCGACGUACUUCGGCUCCUUCCGCCGCUGCAACUACCCCGUGCUCAAUGACAAAGGACAGAUCGAGCUGCUCGAGGCCUGCGGCAGAUACUCCACGUUCGCGGACAUCCCCAGCCCCUGGUGGCAGGCGACCACCGUGCUGGUGGGCGUCGGCAGCGGCCUCUCGCUCCUGCUGGCCGUCACCGCGUGCGCCGCCUGCUGCAUUUCCUACCUCAUCCACGGCCGCAUGGCCAAGAUCGUCGGCUUCUUCCAGUUCCUCUCAGCUGUGCUGAUCGCGGUCGGCGUGGCGCUUUACCCGCUCGGCUGGGACAACAUCGAGGUGCAGCAGGCGUGCGGCGGCCAAUCCAAGCCCUACCAACUCGGUCCUUGCGAGUUUUCCUACUCGGCGCACCUGCUGGUUGGCGGCACCGUUUUGUUGCUCGUGUGCUCCACCCUGAGCUGCAAGGCGUCCAGGUUGAAGCCGGGCUCCUUCAGGGUAUGAGUGUACAGCGCCGGCAUGUUAGCAAGCCACGUUUGACGGAAUUUUCCGUCAAGAACAUAAAAUUUGACCGUGACCGACCCGAAUUUCAUCAUCAUUAAGUAAACACGAGUUUUCAGGGAUGGUAAAAAUUAUAAAAAAUAUUAAGCGAACUGAAAAUCACACAGAGCAAAAUGCCAGGAAACACCCGGCGUUUUAAGCUUUCCGAGUUAAAAGCGCGUCGUGUAAAUCCUCCUUAACUUUGUGCGCCUGGAGCGAACGACACGUCCUUGGGUUUUAUGCCCCUGACGCACCGCGAAAUCCAAAUCCGCCGGCGCUACAAAAUGAUGACUUUUUUAACAAGUCUCGCUCGUUAAUUUUGGCAAGUAUAUUGCUGCGAAUCAAAUUAAUUGGCGCCCGCUGUAGCCUGAAGUCGCCAUGCCGCGGUGACGCUGAAUGCAUAAUAAAAUAAUAUCUUUCUCCAUUUCUCUUCGGUGUGUGUGUGUAUAGUUAAAAAGCUUUUGAAGACCUUUCACGAACAGAAGCGACGGCAUUAAUUUGUUCCUUACACACCGCGCCCUCUAUAUAGCAACUUUUUGUGCGCUCUCAAGGGCCGACUAAUUGGCCCUCGGGAAUCUAAAUAAAAGUUUCAAGUGCCACCACGGCUGCAUGCUGCUCUCAAGUUCACUCGGAACUCUGGCUGGCGAUGAGUGAGAUGCGAGAGACUCGUAAAAGCUGCGCUGUCUCUCGCAAUUUGCCGGGAAUAAUACGCAUCACUUUUGAUUAGCGGAGUAAUUUAAUCAAGAGUACGAGCGAGCAAGCCUGAAGUGUGUAAUUAGUGAGUUAAAAUGCCGUUUCAACUUUUAGUGAUUUCAGGGUUGUGAUUAAAUGCCAAUUUAUAUCGGUAAUGAAGUGGCUAAGGGAACAAAUCGAAUUGGCUGCCGAUCGACGCAUUUUAACGUCAGAAAUAAAGCUUUUUGUAAUUUAAAUAUUGGUUCUUUGCGUUUGGCAGAACCGAUUUUUUUGUUUUAGCAAUUCUAAACCUUUGAAAUCUUUUUUAGAAAUUAUUUAAAAUGCAGAAUUCACAGCAGCCAGGGUUGCAUUUGAUUUUAUCACUCAAUUUUUACCCAAUUUCUUGCGCAGGAAAUGCAAGAAAUGAAUUUAUUCCAUAUUUCUGCUGUGAAAAUCUAAAAUUUGCUGUCAGAGUGGUCAAAAUUUCCUCUACUAUGCAGAUUUUUUCUUUUAAAUUGCCAUUCACUGCCUCAAUUUUUCCAAAAAUUUCACUCAAUCAAUUUUUCAAGUCGAGGUCAUGAGCUGAUAAUUAGAAAAUUAUUGAAAACUGAGGUGCGAACAUUGCCUGCAAGAAACUGGUAAAAAUUGAAAAAGUUUUCUACCACUGCAUUUUUAAAAAAACGGGAUUUUUGCAACCCUGACAGCAGCAAGAUUGCCACUUAAAUCGCAGCGGUAGAAGUGGCGUGGUCCAAGUGAAAAAAAAUUAAAAUGGCAACCAGAAGCACUUCCAAACCUUCGAGGCUUCACAGGAAAAAAUUAUUUUAAUUAACUAGAAAAUUUCAAAUUUAAUUUUUUUACUCGGACCAGGCGCCAUUAUGUUGAAGUCCUUUGCAAACUGUGAAUUACAUGUUUAAAAUUAUCCUUAUCAUCUAUUUUCUGCUGAACCCUUCAAACCAGAUUAUAAUUUGCAUUUCUUCGGUUAACAAUCAAAGUUUGUAAAGAGCUUCACAGUCGAAAGCUUUUGCUAAUUAUUUUUAGCUCAACCCUGCCUGUUAUUUUGGCCGAGACAGAAGCAAUUUCACUAACGACCCAUCGGAAUAAUUGUGUCCGACCUCCGUUCGCGCGUGUCCCCAGAGCUGUGUCAGAAAAGCACUGAACUCGCUCUUUAGCUUCUAGGCCAAGAUGCGCUGCGUCGGGGGUGCGUGUGCUUCCAGCGAUGACCUUGCUCAAAGUGACAUAAUAAUUCGCACGCUCCACAUUUUGAGAAGCACUCGUCAUCCCAUUAGAAAACAAUUCGUGCCCAUCAGACAAUUAACUCGCGAUUCGGGUCGGCCGGCCAAAAUGCUGACGUGCCGGCGGCGGCGCCUGUGAAACCAACGGACGCUCUCUCAAGACUGACUACAUUCUACUCUUCUUGUGGCUUGCUACCUUUAGGUGUCGUGUUUCUCAAUAUAAUUGUGUAUUUUUAUGAUUUAUUUUGUGUAUUAAAAAUUGAAAGCCACCUAAAAUUAUCAAGCCACGAUGAAAAAGGUUGCCAAACAUGUGCCUUGAUAACUGCAGAAAUUAAAUAAAGGGUUUUUAAAGAGAAUAAAUCGCUGUAAAAUGACUA